AUGGUUAGCAAUUCAAUGCUAAAGUUUAUUGACCAAAGACUUCAAGAACUGACAGGCACAAGAAUACCUUUUGGUGGUAAAAGCAUCAUAGCGAUAGGUGACUUGUACCAGUUAAAGCCAGUGGCAGAAUCUUGGAUAUUUCAAGACCUUACACAUGAUGCAUCUGCUUUAGCAUCUAACUUGUGGCAAGAUCACUUUUCUAUGUUUGAGUUGACUGAGAUCAUGCGACAAAAGAAUGACAAUAAAUUUGCAGAGCUGUUAAACAGGUUACGACACAAUAAAAUGACAGACCAUGACAAAGAACAGAUCCAACAAUGUCAGGUUGAUCCAAACUCAGUAACAUACCCACAGAAUGCACCCCAUAUAUUUGCAGAAAAUUGCUUUAUGCAAGCAUUUAAUGAAAAAAUCAUCAAUAACAUUAAUUCUCAAAAAGUUGAAAUUUCUUGUCAUGACUCAGUAGUGGGAGCAAACAUACCACAGGAUAGACAAAAUGAUAUUUUGAAAAGAUUACCAAGAGAUGCCUGUAGUACGAUGGGUUUGCACUACUCUUUGACAGUAGUGGUUGGCAUGUUAUACGACUUGACUGUUAAUAUUGACACAGAAAAUGAGCUAACUAAUGGUGCCUCUUGUGUAGUUAAAGAUAUAGAAUACAAGCAAGCUGAAACAAAUAAACCCAGUAUUAUAUGGGUAAGGUUUGAUAACCCACUAAUAGGCAAUGAAAGACGAAAAAAAUAUCACAGUAGAGGCUUUUAUCAUCACUUAAUUGAUGACAGUUGGACUCCCAUAUUUGACAUAGAGCGAACAUUUCCACUGAGACAAAAUACAAUUCAGAGAAUACAGUUUCCAUUACAACCGUCUGCAGGUAGAACUGUUCACAGAGCUCAGGGAACCACCCUUGACCAAGUUGUUAUAGAUUUGUCACAACGUAAACUAUGA